GAUUGACGAAUUUGUGAUUGUGAAAUGUGAGUUGAAAACACGCAGUUUUAUUUGUAUUUUGCAUUACAAAUCAAAUUUAAAGAAAGAAAAUGACGAAGAAGAAGCCAAUGCCGAACCUCUCUAAAGAGGAGAAAAUGGUGAUAGUGAUAUCGGAGAUAAUACAGGAGUUGUUGAUCGCACACCGUCAAGGCAAAGAUGUUAACCUCAACAAGAUGAAGACGCGGAUCUCUUCGAAAUACGGUCUCGGUACAUCGCCACGGCUAGUAGACAUCAUUGCUGCAGUUCCAGCUGAUGCCAAGAGUAUAUUGCUGCCCAAAUUGAAGGCUAAACCAAUACGUACUGCGUCUGGGAUUGCUGUGGUAGCGGUUAUGUGUAAACCCCAUCGUUGUCCGCAUAUAAACUUCACGGGGAAUAUUUGUGUUUACUGCCCCGGCGGGCCCGAUUCGGAUUUCGAAUACUCCACCCAGAGUUACACAGGUUACGAGCCGACGUCUAUGAGGGCUAUCAGAGCUCGAUACAAUCCAUAUUUGCAAACGCGUCAUAGAGUUGAACAGUUGAAACAGUUGGGUCACAGUGUGGAUAAAGUUGAGUUUAUUGUCAUGGGCGGUACUUUUAUGAGUCUACCCGAAGACUAUAGGGACUAUUUUAUAAGAAAUCUACAUGAUGCUCUGUCAGGUCACACAUCAAGUUGUGUGGCAGAGGCUGUGAAGUUCUCUGAGAGAGCCAAGACCAAGUGUAUUGGCAUCACAAUAGAGACCCGACCUGACUACUGCUUGCAGAGACAUAUGAGUGACAUGCUCAACUAUGGAUGCACAAGGUUAGAGAUAGGAGUACAGUCAGUAUAUGAAGACAUAGCCAGAGACACAAAUAGAGGGCACACAGUCAAAGCUGUGUGUGAGAACUUCAACUUGGCUAAAGACGCUGGAUAUAAGAUUGUAGUCCACAUGAUGCCUGAUCUCCCCAAUGUGGAUUUUGAGAGAGAUGUUGAACAGUUCAUUGAGUUUUUUGAAAACCCAGCUUUCAGAGCUGAUGGUUUAAAAAUUUACCCGACUUUAGUGAUUAGGGGUACAGGAUUAUAUGAACUGUGGAAGACGGGGAGGUAUAGAAGUUAUCCGCCUUCUACACUUGUGGAUUUGAUUGCUAAGAUAUUGGCUUUGGUGCCCCCGUGGACUAGGGUUUACAGAGUCCAACGCGACAUCCCCAUGCCUCUGGUAUCGUCUGGGGUAGAGCACGGGAACUUGAGGGAGCUUGCUCUGGCACGCAUGGCUGACCUCGGCACCGACUGCAGGGAUGUGAGGACCAGGGAGGUCGGCAUACAGGAGAUACACAACAAAGUCAGACCUUAUGAGGUGGAAUUAAUAAGACGUGAUUACGUAGCCAAUGGUGGAUGGGAGACGUUCCUGUCAUACGAAGACCCAGACCAAGACAUACUUGUGGGUCUGCUGCGUCUCAGGAAAUGUGCGAAGGACACUUACCGGCCAGAGUUGAAGCCGGGACCUAAUUCUAAUUUCCAUCAGUGCAGUAUUGUGCGGGAGUUGCACGUCUAUGGAUCUGUUGUUCCGGUGAAUGCUAGAGACCCGACAAAGUUCCAGCACCAAGGUUUCGGUAUGCUUCUAAUGGAGGAAGCAGAACGUAUCGCCAGGGAGGAGCAUGGCUCAGACAAAAUAGCCGUUAUAUCGGGAGUUGGUACUCGGAACUAUUACGCUAAAAUUGGUUACCAUUUGGAGGGACCGUACAUGGUUAAGAUGCUGUGAAGUUGUGUAUAAAUUGUAUAAUAUAAUAAAAAUAAGAAUAAUUAA